CCUCUGAGGAGGUGGCUGCUCCCCUCCAGCAGAGCUUCAUGAUCCCCAAAAAGGAGAUAAACAUGGUUUCCGACAUGGCCAAGUGGAAGCGCUCUCAGGCAUACGCAGAUUACAUGGGCUUCAUCCUCACUCUGAAUGAAGGUGUCAGGGGCAAGAAGCUGACCUGCGAAUACAAAGUUUCAGAGCCCAUUGAAAAGCUGGUGGCUCUUCUGAACACCCUUGACAGAUGGAUCGAUGAAACCCCGCCAGUGGAUCAACCUUCUCGCUUUGGGAACAAAGCCUUCAGGACCUGGUACGCCAAACUAGACCAGGAAGCAGAAAAGUUGGUGGCAACAGUGAUCCCCAAGCAUUUGGCUGACGCUGCACCAGAAGUGGCCGUGUACCUGAAGGAAUCUGUGGGGAACUCCACCCGCAUUGACUAUGGCACAGGGCACGAAGCUGCAUUUGCAGCCUUUCUCUGCUGCCUCUGCAAAAUCGGCGUGCUCAGAGUGGAUGACCAGAUGGCCAUUGUCUUUAAAGUAUUUAACAGGUACCUAGAGGUGAUGCGAAAACUUCAGAAGACCUACAGGAUGGAACCUGCUGGCAGCCAGGGCGUGUGGGGCUUGGAUGACUUCCAAUUUCUACCUUUCAUAUGGGGCAGUUCCCAGCUGAUAGACCAUCCAAAUCUGGAGCCUCGACACUUUGUUGAUGAGAAGGUGGUAAAUGAAAACCAUAAGGACUUCAUGUUCCUGGAGUGCAUCCUCUUCAUUACAGAGAUGAAGACGGGCCCCUUUGCCGAGCACUCCAACCAGCUCUGGAACAUCAGCGCCGUGCCCUCCUGGUCCAAGGUCAACCAGGGCCUCAUCCGCAUGUACAAGGCAGAGUGCCUGGAGAAGUUUCCUGUGAUCCAGCACUUUAAGUUCGGCAGCCUGCUCCCCAUCCAGCCUGUGACGUCCUAAGGAGGCCGCGGGAGGAGUCGAGGCAGCAGAGGCGUAGCGCGGCGCUCUUCCUCCUCCCCUCACCCACUCCUCAUCACCUUGCCCGUUACACACAGCCCAUUCAUUCCUGCACAUCCUCAUUGCCAACCACAGAUCCAAAGCACUCGGUGGCCUUGCACGGGAGACGGGACCUGGAGCGGCUCCUCCUGCAGGUCUCCAGCACGGGGAUGUCUCGCCAGCGACCAAGCCGGGGCUGUGCUUCUCCGCUCUGCUUCGUCCACGGGCAGCGCGACGGCCGUGUACGGCUCUGGGCAUGUGAAUGGGAUUUGAGUAGGGGCUGCCUUGCAGCAAAGGCCCUCUGCUUCCCUUCCCGGGAGGAAGUGGGUGUGGAGGGGAGGAAGGCACGUGUGUAUGUGUUGGGCAGUGGGAACUGCAAUUUCCCUUUUGAAUUUCAUUGAAGUUUCCUGUUGCUGUUUGGUUUGGGAAACCGCUGUGAGGGGUGAGGUGUGAGCCUGCACGUGUCUGUAGGCAGCCACCUCUGCUUGCGCGGGGGGUCUGAAAUGGGUAAAGGAAGUUGUAGGGAAGGUCUGUGGGUUGCUGGAAGCCCAGGGUGCCCUCUCCCUUUUUCUGGGUGAGGAAAGCCCCCUCCCUCCAUCUCUUCUGCAAGGUUCCCUGGGUCUUCCUUUCCCACUACCGCCUCUUCUCUUGGGUGAAGCUGGGAACCUUCUGGGCUGCAGGGGUCUGAGCUGGCUCUGGAGCCGGAGACAAGGUCCCCAGAGGGACCCGGCUCUGUGGGAACAGCUAUGCAAAGACACUGCUCGAGCGGUGCCUGCCCAGGCUCCCUCCUAACGGGCACAAAACCUCACAUGUUCGCACACAUUCAUCGCUGGGUCCAACCUGUCCUCUGCACUCCCCGUUUCCUCCUCCAUGCUUUGCUGCCCCGGGGCUGGGCUGGCCUCAGUGGCACAAGGUGAUCGUGGUUGCUACUGCUUGGUCAUAAAUUGCAGCGACAGCCCCAUGGCAAAGGGAUUUCCCCACGAAGCAGCAUGUUCCCCAGCUCUUUUAGGGAGGCAUCCCCAGA